AUGAACAACCCGAGACGACACUGGAAGCAGCUAAUAAAGAGACGCUCGAGCCUUUUCGCCAGCCUCAAACUCAACGACAGCUUUUCUCAGAGCGUGGACGAGGAGGAGACGGCCAUUCCCUUCUCACAGCAGAGUUCGAUUAAACCCUGGACGUCCAUGGACAGCCUGGACAGUCCUGCGAACAAAGUGAAAGAGUUCGGCAGUAAAAGCAGAGAGAAGGAACACGGCGACGCAGCCAAACUGCACAAGCAGCUCAGCUUAAUCAAUCUAAACGUAGGUGGGAAAGUCUUCAACAUCCCCAAACGUUUAGCUGCCAAAUAUCCGAAAUCACGGAUCGGCGCUUUGGCGGUGUGUACGGACCCAGUAAAGCGGCUCAAACUCUGCGACGAUUACUGCGUCAUCAAUAACGAGUUUUUCUUCGAUCGAGAUCCGACCUUCUUCCACUACAUCUUCCACCUGUACUACAGUAACGUCCUGUGGGUGAUGGAGAGCGUCUGUCCCGUUAACUUCGAGGAGGAAAUCGAUUUUUGGGGUUUGAACCUGAACGACACGCUGCGCUGCUGCCGAAUUCUCUACGAAGAAAAAGUGGACGAGAUCAGAGACCAGCUGAAAGUGAAUAAGGAGCUGAUGGCUGAAAUCGAACCUCAUCAUGUCGAGGAAGGAUUCGACGAGAUGAUUCUGGGUAGUUUCCGCAAAACUCUGUGGGAUUUGAUGGAGAAUCCGUACUCGUCCAUAGGAGCGAAGUUUUUCGCCGUGAUGUCCACAGUGUUUGUGCUGGUGUCCAUCGUGGCCAUGGUUCUGAACACGGUGAGCGAGCUGAAGAAGUAUAAAAUCCACGGUAAGACCUACAUGGAGUGUGUGGAGAUCGUCUCCAUCCUCUUCUUCACCUUCGAGUACUUUCUUCGCCUCCUGACCACCUGCGAUGUCAAGACCUUCCUGAAAAGCGGCCUGAACUUCGUGGACCUGGUGGCCGUGAUGCCGUACUUCAUUCAGCUGGUGUUUGAGGUCUUCUCUGAUCAGGAGGACCUCAACGUUCAGGGUGAUCUUAAAACGAUGGCGCGAGUCAGCAAGGUCAGCAAAGUUCUGAAAGUGGUGAAACUCAUGCGCAUCUUCCGCAUUCUCAAAUUAGCCAGGCACUCGACGGGCAUGCGGGCGUUCGGCUUCACCCUACGCCAGUGCUUCGAACAGGUCUGCUGCCUGUUCCUCUUCAUCAUCAUGGGAAUCUUCGCCUUUUCUGCUCUGAUGUUCUCGGUGGAACAGGAUGUGGUCGGGACGCCCUUCAGCAGCAUCCCAGACACGUGGUGGUGGGCGGCAGUGAGCAUCUCCACGGUGGGUUACGGCGACGUGGUCCCGGUCUCCUUCGGCGGCUGCGUGGUGGCGUUCGGCUGCAUCUCGUUCGGGAUCAUUUUGAACGGGAUGCCGAUCUCCAUCCUCUUCAACAAGUUCUCCGAUUAUUACGGCAAACUGAAAGCUCAAGAAUUCACCAACAGCAAAGUGCAGCGCAGCCUGCAGCUCCGCCAACGACUCCGGGGGAGAUUCAAGAACUGCUUCAGUCCUGAGGAGGACGAGAGUGAUGAUGAGCAUCGGAACCACCACCGAGACAACUGACAUCUAACACUCGUUCAUCAGCCUGAGAUACACUACAGGGAGAAAAGAAUGUGGACGCCUCUUCUCAUUAUUGAAUCCAUGUGUUCCAGCCACAACAGUCACUAACAGGUGUAAUAAAUCUCCCAGUUUUGCAGCAACAGUUUAUGGAAGGUCCCUUCCAGU